UCUAGUUCAUUCUGCCCAAUUCUGCUACACCAGACUCAAAUCUUAACCUGCAAGUUAUUUUAACUCGUGUACAAAAUGAUAAAGUCUAGAUAAAGCAGUCAAAACAAAAGACGUAAUAUUUCGCGUCUUACGUAAAUAUAUUUAAUAACUAAGUUAAAGGUACGUUAGGGAAAACGCUUUCAUUACGGAUUGUAUAUAUCAUUGUAUAUACUAUUAAACUUUGAACAUGACGAUUGUUGAAUAUGUUCAAACUUUGUCGGACAAUCCAUAUUUUGGAGCUGGUUUCGGGCUUUUUGGACUUGGUGCUGGUGCGGCUAUGCUUAGAAAAGGAAUGCAAGUUGGAAUGAUCCUUUUCAGGCGGCAUUAUAUGAUCACAUUAGAGGUACCUUGUCGCGAUAAAAGUUACCAGUGGCUUCUACACUGGUUAACUCAUAAGGGUGCUAGGAAAACACAGCAUCUAUCUGUAGAGACAAGUUUUGAAGAAAAAGAUACUGGGUAUGUCAAGACCAAGUAUGAAUUCAUACCAAGUAUCGGUACUCACUUUUUCAGUUACAACGGUAACUGGAUAAAAGUAGAGAGAACGAGGGAACAGCAAACGUUGGAUUUGCACAUGGGUAUCCCUUGGGAAACUGUUCAACUUACAGCAUUUGGGAGAGACAAGAGCAUAUAUUUUAAUAUCCUUGAGGAAGCUAGACAAAUGGCAUUAAAGGAGCACGAAGGAAAGACAAUAAUGUACACGGCAAUGGGAAGUGAAUGGAGGCCCUUUGGACAUGCAAGGAAAAGACGACCCCUAAAUUCCGUGGUAUUGGAUGCCGGAAUUGGAGAGAGAAUAUUAAACGACUGCAAAGAAUUUAUAGACAAUCAUGGAUGGUAUAGUGAAAGAGGGAUUCCUUACCGAAGAGGGUAUUUGCUUUAUGGACCGCCAGGCUGUGGCAAAUCUUCGUACAUAACUGCAUUGGCUGGUGAACUGGAACAUGGCAUCUGUGUGUUGAAUUUAUCAGAAAGAGGUCUGUCUGAUGACAGAUUAAAUCAUUUGCUAGCCGUUGCUCCUCAGCAAACCAUUAUUCUUCUAGAGGAUGUAGAUGCUGCUUUUAUUAGCCGAGAAGAAUCAAAAGAAAUCAGGGCAGCUUAUGACGGGCUUAAUCGAGUGACAUUUAGCGGUUUAUUGAAUUGUCUGGACGGCGUUGCUUCUACAGAAGCAAGGAUAGUCUUCAUGACCACUAAUUAUCUCGAGAGAUUAGAUCCAGCCCUUGUGAGACCUGGUAGAGUUGAUCUCAAAGAGUACAUAGGUUGGUGCAGCGCCUAUCAAGUGGAACAAAUGUUUCUGAGGUUUUACAAAUUCUCCGAGAAAUGUACACAUACAUUGGCUCAAGAGUUUGCAAAUAGUGUUAUAGCUCAUAAACGUAACGUGAGUCCAGCACAAAUUCAGGGUUUCUUUAUGUUUCACAAGAACAACCCUGAGGAAGUAGUGAACAAUGUAUCGAAAAUAUGGGAACUUCAAUAAAAUAAUAUCUUAGUAUCAAUAAAUACAGGUCACAGGAAGUGUAAUGUUAUGUACAGUAUUCCAAGCAUGGACUUAUAACCUGAAUUAAUUAAAAAUUUAGUUCGAAGCAUAUUUCGAAGUGUAAGUUGGCGUUUAUAAAGGAGGACAUAACACAGAUACUUUAAAUUUUUCUGAACAUUGUGACCUCAGAAAUUUGAAAAUUAACGUUUUUCUCCUCAACUAGCAAUCUUUGUAACAAUCUGGCACUGAGUAACCAUAUUUUUUUUACUAAAGUGUACCAGCCUUAUGGCGUUGCUUAUGGCAUGUAAUGAGAAAACGGAAUGAUAAAUUAUGUUCAAAGGAA